AUGUACUUUGGCUACAAGUACCAGCCGGAGUUUGAGAAGAGCUUCGAUGAAGGUGUUCGCAAUGGAAUUCAACGAUUCAAGGACGACAAGAAGCUGGCCUAUGCUUUGCAGGUGGUCCAAAGUAACUUGCAAUGCUGCGGUUGGGAAGGCAUUGGCGACUACAAGGGCAUCUUUCUGACUGAGGAUGUGCCAUCGAGUUGCUGCAAGGAGACCAACUACUCGCUGGAGGAACCAGACAAGACCUGCUCUGGUGCUAGUGCUCGAAUCUCCGGCUACUCAACUGGCUGCAAGGAGUCGCCGGUGGUGAAGCAGAUCACUGGCAACCUAACCUACACCUCCAUUGCCCUCAUUCUCAUUCAGCUGGUGGUCAUCUUGGCCGCCUGCUGCCUGGCCCGUGAUCUGAAGGCCAACUACUAG